AUGUUCUACCAAAACGGAAGAUUAAUGCAAGAGCCCGAAUACAACCCUCGAAUAACCAACUGGGUGAACGUAUUCUUCAACGCGCGCGACCACAGAUGCGACGACCUCGCCAUAAUGCGCACAGUCGUCACCUGCAUCCGCACAAGAGUCGUCAGCAUCACUGGCCAUGCUAUGCACCACGAUAUCCCGCUCUGCAUCUCAAUCCAGGUGCCCGGAGAACACGGUGAUGAGGAGUCGAUUCUUGCUGCUGCGGAGCUAUCGGCGGAAUAUCUUCGUGUGCAUGUUGCUAGGGGGUCUGUUCAUAUUAAUCGGUCUUUGCUUUUUCGGAGGAGAUAG